CCCCCCCCCCCCCCCCAAAUGGAUUCUGCUGGGGAAACUGCCCUGAAGGGCUACCCCGCGCGAGGCUGGAAGGCUUGGUCGCUCAAGAAGAAACUCAUCGUGGUCGGCUCUAUCCUUGGUGCGAUCGUGGUCAUCGGAGUUGCCCUUGGCGUGGGCCUGGGAGUCGGGUUGAACAACGGCGGCGGUGGUGGCGGUGGUGAGGAAGAGCCCUCUCCUCCCACGAACACAACCGGCAACUACACGACCGCCAAAUGGCAGCCUGCCGUGGGUACGACCUGGCAGAUCGAGCUGCUGUACACGCUCAAUGACACCUCGGUGGACGUAGAUGUCUACGACAUUGAUCUCUUCAACAACAAUCAAUCCAUCAUCAACAGCUUGCACGACGCGGGUCGCAAGGUCAUCUGCUAUUUCUCGGCCGGCAGCUACGAGAACUGGCGCCCGGACAAGGAUGACUUCAAGUCCGCCGAUCUGGGCAAGAACCUCGACGGCUGGCCCGGGGAGAAGUGGAUCAACAUCAGCUCCCCGAAUGUGCGCAAGAUCAUGCAGGCCCGGCUGGACAUGGCGCAGAAGAAGAGCUGCGACGGCGUCGACCCGGACAAUGUCGAUGGCUAUGACAACACGAAUGGCCUGGGUUUGACCGAGGCCGAUUCCAUCGACUAUGUCAACUGGAUGGCGAACGAGGCGCAUGCCCGCAACAUGUCCAUCGGCCUGAAGAACGCAGGAGCCAUCAUUCCCUCGGUCAUCAAGAACAUGCAGUGGAGCGUCAACGAGCAGUGCGCAGAGUAUGACGAGUGUGACACCUACGCCGCCUUCACCAAAGCGGGCAAGCCGGUGUUCCACAUUGAGUACCCCAAGGGGGACGAUACCAACAACAACAACGAGGUCACGACCACCCAGAAGAACGACGCCUGCGACUUCACCGGGUCCGGCAACUUCUCAACUGUCAUCAAGAACAUGGAUCUGGACAACUGGAUUCAAACCUGCUGAUCGGGGAUCGUGAUGACCGCGGAGACAGGCGACAAGCUGCUCGCUGCGGUUUGUCUCGGGGGGCUGACGAGUGCAAAUUUUGAUCUUGCAAAUGAGCAUGGGGCAUUGGCGCUAGGGAGUUUUGUUAGGAAAAUCUCGCGUUGUCGGCAUAAACAAGGCCACACACACACACACACACACAUUGUAUUGUAGUUUUCCAAUUGCCUGCGCUAUAACUUAGCACACAGCUAGCCAUUUCCAUGUAAAUCUGACAUUUGGAU